CAAGCGCGACUCACAUCCUUUGUCUCUGUCGCGCAUAGUCAUUCAGUGGAAACCUCCUGUCAAGGGAGAUGGUAUUGUCAUCGCUGCGCACUUCAUUAUUUUUGUACAAUCAGAGCCAUUGAGAAUAAACAUGAAGGCUGUAAUGCUUGCCGUCGUUUCGUUCCUGGCUGUUUUCGCCCCGGCUUUGGCCACCCAAUGCUCCGUGGCGCCAGUGAACGUGCCCAAGGAAUGGAUCACCAUCCACGGCACUUGCCGCUCCGCCAUGCGCCGUCAGAUCCAGAUGGAAGUCCGCGCAUCGCUGCAGUAUCUGGCUAUGGGUGCUCAUUUCUCUCGGGAUGGGGUGAACAGGCCAGGCUUCGCCAAGCUGUUCUUCGACGCGGCCUCCGAGGAGCGUGAACACGCACUCAAGCUUAUCGACUACAUGCUCAUGCGAGGAGAGUUGACCCAUGAUGUGUCCUCACUCAUCAAGAUCAGGCCCCCGGAGAGCAAGACCUGGGAGGCUGGCGUGGACGCCCUGGAGCAAGCCCUGAUGAUGGAGAACGAGGUCACCAAGAGUAUUCGCACCGUCAUCGCGGCCUGCGAAGAUGAUCCAGAAUUCAACGACUACCACCUGGUCGACUACCUGACCGGCGAGUUCCUGGAGGAGCAAUACAAGGGCCAGCGCGACCUGGCCGGCAAGGCCACCACGCUCAAGAAGAUGAUGGACCGCCACUCCGCCCUCGGAGAGUUCCUCUUCGACAAGAAACUGCUCGGCAUGGACAUCUAAGCUUUUGUCUUUUAACCCGUUAAAAAAAUAGUGGUACCAUAGAGAAGAAAUUAUUAACCGUUAAGUGUCAGUCGGCCAUCUUGAUUUUUUGCGGCGACUGACAUUCAUCCGUAUUUUAGAAGAAUUGUAUAAAUAUUCUCCUCAAGAUGGUGAACCGCCAGUUUGGCUUCGGAGAGUUCUUAAUCGACAAGAAACUACUCGGCGUGUACAUCUAAAUCUAACCCUUAAUUGUGAUACAAUAGAGAAACGUCACAUGUCAGUCGGCCAUUUUGAAUUUUUCGCUUCAUUUUUUUAAGUAUCAUUGUACAAAUAUUCUCCAGUACCCUCCACCACCCUCAAGAUGAUGGACGUCACUCAGCUCUAGAAGAGUUUAUCUUCGACAAGAAACUUCUCGGCAUGGACAUUUAAGCCUUUUAUUUUAACCUGUUAAAUAGUGGUACCAUAGACAAACCUAUGCUGUCAGUAAAAAAAAAAACUUAAAAAAAAUUAGUUGUACCAUAGAGAACAAAUAAUUGUGUCCGUCGGCCAUUUUGAACUAGCGGCAACUGACAUUCAGCCAUGUUUUUUUAGAAUUGUACAAAUAUUCUGUUAAAAAAUAUAUAAUUCAUUAGAGAAAUCGCGUUUAACUCUGUCCGCUACUUACGCGCUAAGAUAUUUUUUUGUAGAAUCAUUGUACAAUAUAUUCAGAACAACGCGUUCCUGUUAGUUGGCGAUUUUUAACCAUUUCGCGCCAACUGGCAUUUUAGUCUUUUUUUUAAUGCUUCAUUUAAUUUAAACUUAUGUACAAAUAUUGUAGUUGUAAGAAUUAGAAAGUGCUUGGCAUAUAUUUAUGCCUUUAACCUAUUAAAAAAGUAUAUCUACCAUAGAUUCAGUACAAGUUUUUUCCAUUCUGUCAAUUGGACUUCUGCCCGUUGACAUUCAGCCAUAUUUAUUUAUAAAAAAAAUGAUUUAUGUAACAUUGUACAAAACGUAGUUGUAAGCAGUUUAUUACUCCACUAUAGUUAUUUAUUAAAAGUCAAUUUAAAUCGUAAAAUAGUGAUCAUGUAGAACAUAUGUAACGCAUUGGCGCUAAAUCAAGCCAUAGAGUAUUUGUUUUUUUAGAAUAGACGUUAAAAGCACAUUGCUCAACGUAUUUGUGUUAAAACUGUUUAUUUUGUUUAAUUUGGUAUAAAUAAAGUUUUUUCAUCCAUUAA